AUGACUACUUACAGCAGCAAGGUGUUUCGUGUUACCUUCUUGACUUUGGCUGCAUCUCUAACUGUGCCCUUGCUUGGAGUGACUGUUCUGUUGGAUUGUCCUAUAGACCCUCAGCCUAUAAGUUUUAAGGAACCUCCCCUCCUGACAGGUGUGUUAGAGCCCAAUACCAAGUUACGAAAAGCUGAGCGGUUAUGGGAAAAUCAGCUGGUCGGACCAGAGUCCAUUGUCAAUAUUGGGGAUGUGCUAUUUACUGGGACAGCUGAUGGGAAGAUUGUAAAAAUUGAAGAUGGGGAACUACAAACAAUAGCCAGAAUUGGCCAUGGUCCUUGUGGAACCCCAGAAGAUGAGCCAACAUGUGGGAGACCACUUGGCAUCAGAGUGGGGCCAAAUAACACCCUAUUUGUGGCAGAUGCGUAUUAUGGACUCUAUGAAGUUAAUCCUGGUACAGGUGAAACGAAAAUGCUUGUGUCAACCAAAACACUAAUUGAAGGUCAGCGAUUGUCAUUCGUCAAUGAUCUUACAGUGACCCAAGAUGGGAGGAAAAUCUACUUCACUGACUCCAGUAGCAAAUGGCAAAGACGGGACUACUUGUUCUUAAUUAUGGAAGGCACAGAUGAUGGGCGCUUGCUUGAAUAUGACACAGUAACAAAAGAAGUGAAAGUCUUGAUGGUGGGGCUGAGGUUUCCUAAUGGUGUGCAGCUCUCUCCUGCAGAAGACUUUGUCCUGGUGUCGGAGACAACCAUGGCUAGAAUCAGGAGGUAUUAUGUGUCUGGACUCAUGAAAGGUGGAGCAGAUAUGUUUGUUGAGAAUAUGCCUGGUCUUCCAGAUAAUAUCAGGUUAAGCAGCUCUGGAGGAUAUUGGGUAGCUACGGCAGCUGUCCGGCCCAAUCCUGGAUUUUCUUUGUUGGAUUUUUUGUCUGAAAAACCAUGGAUUAAAAGGAUGAUAUUUAAGUUGCUGAGUCAGGAAACCGUGACAAAGUUUGUGCCCAAAUAUAGCCUUGUUGUUGAACUUAGUGAGACAGGAUCCUUCAGAAGAAGCUUCCAUGAUCCCACGGGAAUGACGGUAGCUUAUGUCAGUGAGGCACAUGAGCACAAUGGAUAUCUUUACCUGGGCUCCUUCCAGUCUCCGUUUAUUUGCAGACUCAAUCUUCAGCAUGUUUAACUGUCCAUCCAUGAUAAAGUGCUGCUGGCCUAUAAUACUCCAGAGGUACCAAGGAAGCCUGUGCUAGAGGCAGCGUGUGACCAAGAACAAAAAGUGAAAGACAAUCUGUUAACAAUGCAGUAGCGCUGUUCUGUUGCCAAUGUACGUCUUCCUUGGUUUAACUGUUCUGGCUUUGGAGCUGGUGUGCAUAAUGAUUAAUGGC